AUUUAACUAACUCAUAAAUUAUGUACAUGAUGACAGUUGACAGCUACCUCAAAGAAUUCUUCACUUAAUUACAUGCCUUAGGUUUGGAGCCCUGAGAGAACUACGACAAAAAGCUUCAGCAAAGUUGAAAAGAAUGCAAAGAAGUACCAUAAACACUGCAUGUUGUGUGUCCCAGAAGGCUACUACCCCAAAAGCAAUGAAUGGUGUGACGUAGAGGAAGUGCCGCCCCAGAGCAGUUUCAACAGUUCGCUCAAUGAACGCGCUCGUGACGGAGCACGCUUAAAUUCUGCAGGAUUGUAUCACGAUCCGUUGCGUUGCUACACGUUAGAAAAACUGCAUCUCGCCAAAGAACGAGGAAAUAUACGUGUACAUUUACAGAGAGAGAAAAAAAGUGCUUCUACGUGAACAGACUUGGUCGCUAUUUUCUCUUCCGUCUUUUCUGGGACAUCGAAUGUAAGUGGAAUAAUAAGCUGCAUGCCCUUGACAAAAAAAUAAAGCAUUUGCUCGAACUUAUUUGGUCUCGUUACGUGGAAGACAUUGUGGCUGUAGGUUCACCCACCGUGGCGCACUGUAAUAGAAGCGCAGAGAGUUUCAGGAGUGAAGGCGCGUCCUGUAUUCAAUAAGCGGACAUUCCUCGCGCAGCGCUCGAGACGGGUUUGGAUCUCCGUUUGAAGUUCAACCGCGCGCUUCAGAAAAGACUGUGCGCGCGAUCCGUCGUCCGCACGCGCUGGAAAUGCAGGUUUGGGGUGCAGACAGUUCUUGCUUUAAAGUUAAAAAUAACCUUUUUAGGUUUCAUAUUCAAUGAAUGUAAAACUCCAAGAUACUAUUUACCUCAAAGAUUGCCAUAUGGUGACAGAAACCACGUCUUAAGAUACACUGAGCGAUGUGACUUUGACAUAUCACGGAGCUCUUCUCAGUGAGAGACCAUUUUUUUCCCGGUCAUUUAUAAUGUCCUUUGAAUAACCGACUCUUUCUUUAUUUUAACUCGAUUUUAAAUGCGUUCAAUAACGAUGGCCGACGAAAAUCGCUUUGACAAUCGACAUAUUGUGGAGAAAUAUAUAAACCACAAACUUUUAAAGAGGGGGUAUGUGUGGAAAUUUCAAUCUUCUGGAGAGGAGGAAGAUUCUCAUAAUAAAGGAAUAGAGGACUCUUCAAACUCUGACAGGAGGCUUCAGGCUCCCUCGGCCGGAGACGGCAACAACGAAUGUCUGUUACCCCACCGGGUCACUCGCUCCGACCCUCAUUUGAUGCUCUAUCGGGCGUUACGCGAGGCUGGAGACGAGAUAGAAAAGAUGUUCCAACGGGAAUUUGAGGAGAUGUCCAACCAUAUGGUAUUUACUCCCAGUACAGCGCAGCGCAAUUUCGUGGUUGUGGCCGAGGAGCUGUUCAGGGAUGGAGUGAACUGGGGUCGGAUUGUGGCGUUUUUUGAGUUUGGUGGGACCAUGUGCGUGGAGAGUGUUAACCGGGAGAUGGCGUCCCAGGUAGAUAAUAUUGCACGCUGGAUGACAGACUACCUGAACGGGCCGCUGGAAAACUGGAUCGAGGAAAAUGGUGGUUGGAAUGCCUUCACGGAGAUGUACGGUCAGCAGAGAGACUCUGUGUUCCACCCCUUGUCGUACCUAACAAAAGUGCUUGGACUGGCGGCACUAGGCUUGGCAGGAAUGACCAUCGGAGCCUUUUUCGCUAAGAAGUGACAGCCCUGUGGGUCUCUCCGCCUAUGUAUCUCUAUUUCUCUGCCUGUCUCUCUUCUCUAGCUUAUCAAAGCAUCUUUCAGCGGUGCACUGCCCUGCUCUGCCCCUCCAGCCACGGGAGCUGCUCCGCUCACUCUCUCCUUUGCUCUCUAGAGUGAAGAAAAUGCAAAGAAAAAAAGAAUAAAGAAUGAAGAUACGCUUUGAAUAUGACGCUUGUCACUGCCAUGUACAGUUGCACAGUACACAGAGAUUGACACACAAAACAAAUGCAUACACAGACACUCACACAUACUUCAUAUGGAUGCAAGCAAAGAAUACAAAAAAGAACAUUGAUCACCUUAAAGUUUGUUUCUUUUGUACGUGAAACAAGUACAAAAAGAUUUUUUGAAAUUUUUCUAUCAGGUUUUUUGGCAUUUUGUAGCAUGAAUCAAAAAAAAAAAAAGAAAGUUUGCCGGCGUGAAUGUAAAUAAUUUCUCGACUGUCUGCAUGUGUGGAAAAAAAAUACUUUUUCUGCUUGAGUAAUUUUUCUAUUGCAUGAUGGCAUUUUGAACUUGGCCAACUCUGUGUCGAAUCGGGGUGGGUUUUUUUCUACAUUGGAUGGACUUCUUGAGAUCUCCUGUCAAACCAACAGAUGCUGAGCAUUCCUCAUUAAAAAGUUCCUCUUUGAUUUGCUCUGUGUCUUUCUGCGUUUGUCAAGCACAAAGAACUUGCCAAGAACUGAACAGCGGCUUGAAGACAAACGGUCAUCAUGAUGUAAUCUCACCCUGACAUGGGACACAGAGUUGUCUGACCCAGAUCGCCACUCCUGAAUGUAACAACUGGAUUUUUGGAAGUUUGACUCCAUAGAAGCUAAAGCAUUCCCGUUGUAUAUUGGUAUUCAUAUCCAUUUGUUUCUUACAUUUUUUUUUUUUGUAUAUUCGUGAUGCAUAUGUUAAAGUUAUAGUCUAUCCAAAAAGGUGUCCUUUGACCAAAAAUUCUGUCAUCAUUUUCUCACCUUCGUGUACUUGCAAAUUUGUAUAAAGACUUAAAUUUCAGUCUGUUCCUCACAUAAAGCUAUUGACUUGAGAAGACUUGGACUUUGUGCUGUUUUUGAAGCUUGAAAGCUCUUGCCCCAUUCAUUGUAUUUACAUGGAAAAGAGCAACCAGUUCAUUCUUCAACAUAUUUCCUUUGUGUUCCAUGGAAGAAAGUCAUAUGGGUUUGAAAUGACAUGAGGGUUAGUAAAUAAUGACAGAAUUGUUUUUUGGGUGAACUAUGCCUUUUAAAAAAGUAAUUUUGAAGAUACAUUUCAAUGUUACGUAUUACCUAUUCAAAUAAUGGCAACAACAAGUGGGUAUUGUGUGUGUACAUCUGUAAAUAGAUUGUGUUGAUAGAGCUGGGCUAGUUGGUGUUCUGGGGAGAUUUAGUGGAUGGGCCGCCAGCUAUGUCCAGCCAGGUGUGGGUGUGUGUAUCUGCAGAAGAGACAGGCAGGUAAGGGUUAUGGCAGCUGGGAACAGAAGUUCAUUCAACCUGGCAUGAUAGGAAUUCAGACACUGGAGUUUUGAAAAAAAAGACCUAAUACACAACGGACACUGUAAUUUACGUCCCAGUUGUUUUACACUCUUCCCUAGUGGUCGACCGAUAUAUCACCUAGGCCGAUAAAGCGGCAGAUAAUCAAACUUUUUUCAUUAUUGGCAUCGGCCCUUUGGACGAUUGCAUGUGAAGUGACUAAGAAAUGCAAACGACCAGUCACGAUUAAUUUAUUGUUAUGUGCCAUCGUGUUAUUACAAUAAUAGACCGGUGUGCAACACGGUGUCAUUUAAACCGUACGCAUAUCAGAGCUGCGGCAGAUGCGUUUGAGCUCAUAAUGUAAAAGUGCUCAUCUGUUUCGUUCUCCCUCUCUCUCCCCUCAACAGUUCCCUGUAACUUUUAACUGUCUUGUCUAAUGAUAAAAAGGCAAAUAUCAAUAAAACUAAUAUCAUAUACAUCUGCAAAUAUGUGCAUAUCUAAUUUAAACAGUUGUAAUAAACCAACCUCACACAACUUCAGCAGAUCCAGCUGUGGAUUCUGUGGAGCACUAAUAUUUUUGCCUCUAAAGCAUGUGUUCUAACAGCCUCUCCUCAACAGUUCCCUGUAACUUUUCUAAUGAUAAAAGGCAAAUAUCAAUAAAACAUAUAUUAUAUACCAUUUGUAAAUAUUCAGAUAUCUCAUUUAAACAGAUGUCAUUCACAAACCUCACAAAAAUCCAGCAUUUUCUUCCCCUCGAGUGCUCAUCAGAUAUCUUCCUCUGAAGUGUGUAUUCUAUCAGCCAGAAUCAAAAACUUCAGUGUCAGGAUCAAAAGUUCCUCUUAUUCACAAAUCACGACGACAAUCCAAGCAGGCGUUCCAGGCCUUUUAAACUGUCAGGAGAUUGCUGGAUCCGCACGAGUGCAACUUCAUGGCUGCAUCCGAAACCAGGAAAAUGCUGCCUCCGGAGGCUGUAUACAGAGGUACGGUGAAAAUAAGGUGCUUUUCAAACUGUUCGGAUACCAGUUUCCUUAAGAGUUCCAUUCAUUCAUAACAGCUGUCAGUUAAGCCAUUAACUGAUUAGGCAGCAAGGAGGAAAGUCAGCUGCCUACGUUUUCAGAUGCAGCCCAAGUUAAAAGCGCUUCUCGAGUAAAUGUCUUAUUCACUAUCACUGUAUGUACAAUUGGUUUGAUUUGGUAUUUUUGAGAAAAUAUGAUUGUUAACGUGGACAUAGUCCUCGUGGAUAUCGGCAUCGGCCAUUAAAAAACCCAUAUCGGUCGACCACUACUCCUCCCCAUUAUCCAUGUUAUUUGGCUGGCACUCUUUUGUGCUGUCGAUUUUUUUGGGAUGCCCCCACAACCAAAGAAACCUGAUCUGUCUGCUGGAACUUCCGCCCCAGAGAGAGUCUUCUGCCAUCACUCAACCUCUACAGGACAUUGCACUGGGAGGGUUGAUUUCUCAUUCACAGGAAGAUACUGAGACAUCAGCCUGUGCUAAUGUCAUUUAUCUCUCAAAAAAUCAUUUAAAAUUGCUGGUGUAUGUCUCUUGUCAUGCUGAAAUUUGAGGCUGAACGACAACCAUGGCCAACAGUUUUUACAUUUCUUCUGUGUUUAGAAAAUAUUGUUUUGAUAGCCUGGAACACUAGGAACCAUUGCUUAAAGAAAUAAUCUGGGUUCAAUACAAGUUCAAACGACAGCAUUUGUAGAUAAUGUUGAUUGAAGGUGAAUUCAUCUAUAAAUGUUAAAAUACUCACUGUUUCAAAAAGUAUAGCCACAAGAAGUAAAAAAUAUGCAUUAACAUGAUUUUAGUGGGAUAAAUUAGUUGACUAGCCUCUUCCAUGUGAAGUUAUUUCCAAUUUCACAACUUCAUUGCCAGGAAGACGUAACGCCACAAACCCUAAAAUGACUGUCAAAAUUUGAACAACUUUACAGCUCAAAAAUGCACGAGUUUUAACAUUAAUAAUUAAUGUAAGCGCUUCUCUAAAAUGUAUAAGCUUAACAUAUCUGUCUUUAAACCAUCCAAAAAUUGGCCCCAUUGACUUUUUGGCCCCAAUUGAUUUUUGCCUCGAUUUCUUUUUUUUGGGGGUUAAUACUAGGGCUGCAUCUAACGAUUAUUUUUGAUGUUGAUUAAUCUAUCGAUUAUUUCUUCGAUUAGUCGACUAAUCUAACGAUUAUUUUUCCGAUUAAUCUAAUGCAUAUUUUUGGGAUUAGCCGAUUUAUCCAUUGGCAAACUUUCCAAUAAAUAAUAAGCACAACUUCUACAUUAGUAUUUCAAACUUUUAUUAAUUCAUUUUCUGAAAUUAUUUUUGUAUCUGUCCCUAUUCAAAUAAACAAUAAAUAAAUAAAUAAAUAAAUACACUACAGGCUACUGUUAAUAUGUAAAUAUAACAUUAUUGUUUGUUUUUAAAGUCUACAUUAGAGACAUGCGCGGGACGGAUUUCUCCCUUAAUAAUUCCUAAAAAGCGGACAUCUCUGUUAUUAUCAAUGAAACUGACUGCACAAUGAAUCUUUCAUUAUAUCGAUUUGCCAGUAUGCAGAAUUCAGCACUGAACAAAAAGUCCAUUUUGAGCGGUGAGGAGAUUCCAUCUUAAAUGCUUCUGAUUGGCCAUUGCGUUCAGAAAAUGAACACAUAUGUCUGUGAUUGGCUACAUUGUUAAACGCUGCAAACAUGUAUACAUAGAACGAUUUACAGGCCGGGGUCUAUCUAUUUUGUUUUAGUUGUUCUUGUUGCUUUUGUGCAACAGAUGAAUGACAAUUUAUUUGUUUUGAGAUGUUCAAUUUAUAGAUUUCUAUUUUGCGGGAGUCCCGCGAAUCGUUUUAUUCUCCCGCAACCAGCACACACACGAGCGCAUUACCGCCCGCGCCCGCACUCGGCCAUCAGAUCCCGCGCCGCACUCUGUUGUGUUGGGUCCCGCGGGAGUGCAUGUCUCUAGUCUACAUGUGCAUACACAACUUUUAAAAACGGGCAAUUUAAAUGCACUGAAGGCUUCGUUGACAGAUUUAAGUUGAAGUUAUAAAUGAAAGUCCAUUUUAUUGUCGCCGAAUGGGCCAAUAAAUUACAUCUGCACCGUUAGCAAUUAACACUAUUAACUAGCACACAAGCUGUAAUAGCUGAAAAAAGUAGGUAUGACCGCAACAACAACUCCAAAAACUCACUGUAAUAAAGCCUACUUACCCUACUACUUACCCAGCUGGCUCGUCGUUUUGAGUUCGCAGAGUCACAGGAUGUUUCCUUUUAAGAUGCUCGUUCAUAGCAGUUGUGCUGCCAUGGUAUGACAUUUCCGCUUUGCAUAGUGAACAAAGCACCUUUCUGUUCGGCUGUAGUUUAAAGUAUUCCCAUACUUUGGAUGAUCGUGGUUGUCAUUUUCACCAUGAGCUGGACGCAUUUCAUUCGUGUCGACGUAUUUUCAUAGUCAUUUACAUUUAUGCAUUUGGCAGACGCUUUUAUCCAAAGCGACUUACAGAGCCUUUAUUACAGGGACAAUCCCCCCGGAGCAACCUGGAGUUAAGUGCCUUGCUCAAGGACACAAUGGUGGUGGCUGUGGGAUUUGAACCAGUGUACUUUUUCUACUUCUGAUUACCAGAUUACCAGUUAUGUGCUUAGACCACUACACCACCACCACUCCACUCCACGUCGACGUAAUCGAUGACGUCGACGCGUCGUUGCGGCCCUAGUUAAUACGUAUUAUGUCUCAAAUUUGGUCAAUUGACCUUAACUUGUAUUGAACCCAGAAUAUUCCUUUUAAAUCUUGCCCAAAUUCAAUAAUAAUCAAUCGUCAUAGAUGUGCUGUAUAUACAGAUGUCACUCAACAUAGGCUAGAUGUAAUAUUUAAUUUGGCAUUAAGUAUAAGGCUUAAAGGGAUAGUUUACCCCCCAAAAAAUGUCAUCAUUUAAUCACCCUCAUGUUUUUAAUUACUCGUAUUACAUUCAUCCGUGCAACACAAAAAGUUUCACAGCGCAUGUUUUCUUGAGUGUUUAUGUCAGUGAUAUCCAAAACCAACAGUAGAAUUUGCAUACGAUGGAUUAGCUUUGCCAGAAAUUACGUUAUCUAACGUAUCAACACAGCUCAAGCUUUAUAGCGGUACAGAUUAUACAUUUCCUAUCUACUAUUGUACUUUAUUGCUGCACCCUUUGUUGGGUGGAGAACUGUAUCUGAAUAUCUAAAGAGAGUUUUACUUUAGCUGCUAAAGAUCUAGCAAUGUAAGACCGUUGAGUGUAGCUUCACCCUGUUACUGCACCAUACGAAGCUGCUCAUGGAUGAAGCCAGCGUAAAACUGCCACUGCUGGAGCAGAACAAGUCUAUCCACUCCUUAAGUCUUACUUUCCCUCUGGUUAGAAGCUGAGAAGACUCUAGAUCAGUGGUUCUCAACCUUUUUUGAACAAACGCCCACCUGACCUCUUCAUGAUCCUCUUAACG